GUCCUCAUGCCUUCUUUCUUUUCUCCUAGGUCUUCUGUCUGAGGACCCUUUCUGCCUUAUUGAGGAAAAGAUAGAGGCAGAAAGGAUGGUGACUGAGUGUUUGACAAAUUGUUCUCAGGACUUGGUUACCUUCACUGAUGUGGCUGUGCACUUCACCCGAAAAGAGUGGACUUUACUGGACCCAACUCAGAAAAAUCUAUACAGAGAUGUGAUGCUGGAGAACUACAAGAACCUGACCACAGUAGAGUAUCAGUUGUUCAAACCCAAUCUCAUCUCUUGGUUGGAACAAGAAGAGUUGAGUACAGUAGAGAGAGGAGUCUUCCAAGAAUGGGAAACUCCACUUAAAACCAAAAACUUAGCAAUUCCACAGGAUAUUUUUUGGGAAAAAGCAGGCAAUAGGAUUGAAAUGGAAAGAAUACACAAUGGGUGGGAACUCGAUGAUUCUGAGCAAUGUGGGAAAGUCGUCAGUGAACAUUCAUGCCUGAAGACACACAGGAGAACUCAGAAGGGAGCCAAUACCCAUGAGGAUAAUCAGCAUGGAAAACGCUUCCUUGCUCUGUACAAGAAAACCUCUACUGGAGAGAAACUUUCCAUGUUUAAUCAGUGGGGAAAGGCCAUCAGCCCUACUUCAGAUGCUGUGUACUGGCAUGCUAGCAUGCAAGAAGAAGCAUUUGUUAAUCAGUUUUCUCUUCAGGCCCAAACAAGACCUCACAAUGGAGAAAAAUUCUAUGAAUGUAAGGAAUGUGGGAAGGCCUUCACUGAAUCCUCAGGCCUUGUUCGCCACAUAAAAACUCAUACUGGAGAGAAGCCUUUUAAAUGUGACAUAUGUGGGAAAGCCUUUGCUACUUCUUUGAAAGUGACUACCCAUUUUAGAACUCACACUGGAGAGAAACCUUAUAAAUGCAAGGAAUGUGGGAAAGGCUUUAAGUGUCUUGUGUACCUUAAAUGUCACAAGCGAACUCACAGCGGAGAGAAACCCUAUAAAUGUAAGGAAUGUGGGAAAGCCUUCAUUCAAUCCUCAGACCUUAACCGUCACAAGCGAACUCACACCGGGGAGAAACCCUAUGAAUGUAAGGAAUGUGGGAAAGGCUUUGCUCAAUCUUCAGGCCUUAUUAACCACGUAAAUAUUCACACUGGAGAGAAGCCUUUUAAAUGUGAUACGUGUGGAAAAGCCUUUGCUGCUUCCUCAAAUCUGAGUAACCAUUUGAGAACUCACAGUAGGGAGAAGCCUUUUGAGUGUAAUACAUGUGAAAAAAGAUUUGCAAGAUCUUCACAGUUAAUCAUUGAUGAGCGUACUCACACUGGAGAAAAACCCUAUAAAUGCAAGGAAUGUGGGAAAGGCUUUAAUUCUUUCGCAGGCCUUAACUGUCAUGAGCGAGUUCACAGUGGAGAGAAACCCUAUGAAUGCAAGGAAUGUGGGAAAGCGUUCCCUCAAUCCUCAGGCCUUACUGUCCAUAUAACAACUCACAAUGGAGUGAAGCCUUUUAAAUGUGACAAAUGUGGGAAAGCCUUUGCCACUUCCUCAAACCUGACUAACCAUUUUAGAACUCACAGUGGAGAGAAGCCUUAUAAAUGCAAAGAAUGUGGGAAAGGCUUUAUUUGUUUUAGGUACCUUAAAUGUCACAAGCGAACUCACACUGGAGAGAAACCCUAUGAAUGUAAGGAAUGUGGGAAGGCCUUCACUCAAUCCUCAAGCCUUGUUCACCACAGGAAAACUCAUCAAAGAGAAAAACCCUAUGAAUGUAAGGAUUGUGAGAAAGCCUUCACUCAAUCCUCAGGUUUUAUUGACCACAUAAAAACUCACACUGGAAAGAAGCCUUUUAAAUGUGACACAUGUUGGGAAUCCUUUAGUGCUUCCUCAGACCUUAAACAUUUUAACAUCUCUCACUACGUGGAAGCCUAUUGA